AUGAAAACUAUGGCUCCGACUUUGCAAGGCGAGUGGAUCAAGGUGGAGGAGAGAGGAGGACAAGGACUUGGAAAAAGAAGCUCACACGACAUAGCUGUGGUCAGAGACAAGCUCUACUCUUUCGGCGGCGAGAACCCGGCAAACGCUUCCCUCGACAAAGACCUCUACGUCUUUGACUUCAACACUCACACUUGGUCAAUCGCUCCUCCCAACGGAGACGCCCCUAACGUCAAAGCCUUAGGCACUCACAUGGUGGCCGUGGGAACUAAGCUCUAUCUAUUCGGAAGGCGCGAGAAAAAAACAGGGGAGAACCCGAGGCUUGUACUUUCCACUCGAUGGCUUCAGAUGAGAACCAAGUGCAUGUAUGAUGUAUUCGGUGCGGUGAACACAUGCGAGAUGAUGGAAACCCGCCAUUGGUUCAAGACGGUCGUAACAUUUCUGAUGGGAAAUGGGCUCAGUUACCCUGGAGAAAAGUUCCAGAUAAGAGCAGGAGCCGGAUUUGCUGUGGUACAAGGAAAGAUUUGGGUGGUUUACGGGUUUGCGUCUUCUCCUUAUGAUCUAAGUGGGAGAAAUGACUAUGAGUCUGAUGCUAAAUGGACCGAAGUGGAGACUAGAGGAGAUAAACCUUCUGCGAGGAGCGUGUUUGUGCAUGUGGUAGUUGGAAUAUAUAUACUAAUAUUUGGAGGUGAGGUCAAGCCGGACCCAAAUGGACAUAACAGUCCGGGGACAUUAACCAAUCAGGGUUUUGCGUUGGACACUGAGACAUUGGUGUGGAAGAACUUUGGAGGAGGAGAUGGACAGGAGAAACGCGGUUGGACCGCCUACACGACUGCCACAGUCUAUGGAAAGAAAAUCAUUCUUAUGAGGAAAACUGAGCUAGCGGAAGGAGUGGACGAGAAUAGGGCUGAGCUGGAUUAA